GCUGUAGGACGGAGCAGACAGCCAGCGUCAGGACUGAAUAAUUGAUCUCUUUCUACCGGUCAGGAGGACGUUAGUGGGACGUUUCUCUCUCCAUCCCUCCAUGUGAUUCCCAUCACGGUGUGAACGGCAGCAGCUUCACCCUCCGCAAACCACCACCCCCCUCUACUCCUCGUCUUUCUCUCUACGCGUCUGUGUGUAAGUGAGUGUGUGUGUGUGUGCAGGAAGACGAAGCGGCAGGCAGGAGGAAGCACCAAGGACGUCCUUUUUCCAGCCCCGGGAGCCGGAGAUGCAAGGGACGAGCAGUUAGAUUAGCCUGCGCUGCUGUUGCCUGCUGCAGAAUAACUUCGUUCCUGAGGGUGCUGCAGCUGAGGCUCUGCUCUCUCAUCCUUGUUUGGUGUGUGAGGAGGAUUUCAGCCAGUCGCCGGACGGAGAUCUGGCUACAAAGGACUUCUACUUUUCCGUAACAAUUGAAUGUAACAUCGCUCGUUUAAGGAAGGCAGGGAAUUAAAAGCCAUCAACAUGAAUUUCGUUAUGAAACAAGCGUUGGGAGGGGCCACCAAAGACAUGGGCAAGAUGCUUGGUGGGGAAGAGGAGAAAGAUCCCGAUGCUCAGAAAAAAGAGGAAGAAAGGCAAGAGGCGCUGAGGCAACAGGAGGAGGAGAGGAAGGCCAAAUAUGCAAAAAUGGAAGCAGAGAGAGAAAACCUCCGACAGGGCAUCAGGGAUAAGUAUGGCAUCAAGAAGAAGGAGGAGAAGGAAGCCGAGGCAGCGGCCGCCAUGGAGCAGGCCUCCGAGGGCAGCCUCACCCGUCCGAAGAAGGCAGUUCCAACCGGCUGCGGCGACGAAGAGGAAGAGGAGAGCAUCGUGGAUACGGUCAUGAAAUUCAUCCCGACCCCGCUCAUGGAUAUGUUCAAUAAAAAGUAACAGUGUUUUGGGUGAAAUAUGAUAAACUUCUUACAAUGUCAUCUAACCAAGACUAAUGCCGUACCUUUCUUCACCCCCCUCUAACCCCUUCAACCCAACUUCUAAGUGUCAGCAACGUGCCAUGACUUUUCCCUUGAUUUAAAUUAUAUGAUCUCUGAUGGUGAUACGUACUUUUUAAUCUCUCAUACAGAGCAUUUUUCUUGAUAACCUGUGAUUAUAAACCUAUUUUAAAAGUAUGUAACACCUACACAGAUCUAAUGUUAUUAAUUCAAGGCAAAUCUUAUGCCAUGUUUUCAAAAUGUCAAGCACUUAGAAUUAGACCAGAUAUCACCCAUCAUCCACCCUUUUUGUUUGUAAAUAGCCUUGGGUUAUAAAAAUGAGAACUAUAUAGGAGUGAAAUGUGACAUAUAACAAGAUGACUAAGAGUAUAAGCCAUAUUUUUAACGUUUAAGAAAUUUUCCAAAUCAUAUCAAAAUUUGAUUGAAUUUUCCUGUUAUGUUAUUGCUAAUAUUUGAUACAUAUAGUGUAUAUAAAUACUUGCAUUUUUAUUAGUUCUCCGUUGUGAGGAUUCAACCCAUAAACUGUCCCUCAUGUUCUCACUGGUUUAUUGUGAAUGUGUAAUAUGAGCUCUGGUAGAGUCAAAACAACACCUGUAAAACCAGAAAGUGAAGGAAUUAAUUUGAGAUGAGACAGACUUUUUGUUUUGUUUACUUUUUUUUAAGCAUGCAGUAAACUUUUGUGAAGUGAAGUACCCAUAUGGAUACCAUUUCAUUUGUUAUGAUGAAGCGAAAUACAUUAAUAUUUGAGGCAAUAACUGGUUUUACAUUUUUUAUUUAAUUGACAUUGUCCACCAUGUACAGUAGGUGAAAACUGAGUUUGUGUCUGAAAUGUUUUUCCAUGGGGAAAACUAUAAAUUCUCUCUAUUAAGUUAAUUCACUCUUAUAAGUUCUCCAUGCAUAAAGUUUGUGUCAAAGCAGUUAGAUGAAAUUCUUAUAUAAAUCCACUUGCUAAACAUGUUUGUGGUUUGAACAUUCAGUUUUUAUGUCCUGUGACAGGUGUCACUCGCUCUGCUUUUGCAGUAGGACAUGUACAUUUUAGACCAGGCUAGUUAAUUUUGAUUUCUAUUCACAUUUCCAUCAAUUUUUUUGUAAAAAAAAAAAAAUUGAAACUUCACAAACACAACUAUGUUGUGAACACACUACAUGUGAACAGACAGUGACAAUAGUGCAAUAUAUUGUUCGACAUGAAGUUGUCCUGUGUCCGUUGGUUUAACUGAUGGGAGUGAAGUCUCAAAUCAGCAAUAACAGACAUCUUCAUUCUUGUGUGUUAAGACUUACUCUUUAAUGUGUUAGUCGAUGUUAAAGGCACAGAUGUGUCUGCAUAGUGACAGAUAUAGGUCAGAUAUAUUUCAUUAAAAAAGAGAAAAGGGGGAAGGUGGGACGAUUUGUUUCGUGUCGUAAAAAAUGUUCAGUCACAUGUUACAGAAGGAUGAGCACAACCAGGAUUUGUGUUCGAAACCACAAACCAAAAGGCAAAUCACUCUGCAGGUUUUCAGAGGCAGACAUUAACAAUACAUGCAGAGAAAUGUGAUGAAAUAAUGAGGGACGUUUUAAAAAGCCCUGAGCCCUGCAUGAAAGCUCCAUGACCGUACAACAGAAAACGUUUACAAAUUAGGCACAAAUUUAAAGGGGGGGAUAUGAUGGUAAAAUCAAAAUUUGUAUCUCCGUAUGUCUUGUAUUUAUAUUUUUCCUUCAUUCCACAGUGUCUUGUUAAAACAUUCCAGAUAUUUCAGACAUUCCACCAGACUUGACCUGGUAACGCUCGAACUUGGAUAUUUACAGUAGACCUCAGUCGAUGCCAUUGUUAGCCUACAAGUACUUCACAAUGAAAUUUGAUGUUGUUAUAACCCGAAAAUAGACACUAGAAUGAAUCGAAUAUACAUAUAAAGAUUCAUGACUUGACCGAGUAAAUGCAGUUAUUAUAUUUUCUGUUAUGUACAGGAAAAAAAAUCCCACAUGAAGUUUAGGGGUAUGCAUAAAUGUGCUAUUAGCAGAGAUCAGUUAAAUCUUGUGAUAAAGUUUUGCUAGAAAAUGUUUUUGUGAUUCACAUGUGCUCAGUGGCUGUAGGCGUAAUUAAGGUUUUCUAAACCAGCUUGUUUCCCACAUUGCCACUGUUUUUAUUGAGCUAGCUAAACAUGAAAUAACACUAAUUCUGAACUUGUGCAUUCCUGUGGCAUAGACGAGGGAAAUUUAGCUUUUAUCACCACUUUGUGAGCUCUGUAAUCAUGUUGAAUAUAUUUUUAAAAAACAUCCAAGGGCACAGUGUGGUAGGGUCACCUGUAGAGCAUACUUAUUGAACUUCCUGUGAUUUUAUUGUACUUGUAAACUGCCUUUGCCAGCCUCCGCUCAAUCAGUGUGUUAGCAGAUAGUUAGCAACCGAUAGUUGUUUACAGUCAUGGAACCAUGCAUCAACAACACUCAAAUCCAUUAUUAGAGUAGUUAUCCAAUCAAACCAAAGAAUAGUGCUGGUAGUAGUAGACUUCGACAAGAGAUUUCAUUCUAUUUAUUUACUGCAUAUCUUAUUUAUUUAGAAAUUCUCAGGUAUUUUACUUUUAAGUUGUAAUAGAAGUUUAAACCGUAACUAGCCUUCUCUUAGCAUGAUUAGCCUUCUCUGAUAAAAAUUUAACAAUUUCAUUGCCAGGGGCCUAGCACGCCUACACCAACUUUUUUUUAUGAAUGGCAUAUCUCUUGUUUGGCCCAAGAAUAUUCCAGAAAGCUACAAUUACUGCCCAGUCAACCCAUGCAUAGGACUUUCCCAACAACAAAAUCUUAGCAAACAUCAUCAGUGUGUGCAGUUCUUCAGGGUACCAGUGAACCUUUUCCAAACUGGUGUGCUCUGAAAUCAGAUCUGAAAUCUCAUCCAUCAACAUCCUCAUAAACCCAUUUAUCAUCAUCUUGUAAAUGCCAGUUGAUUGUGCUCUAAAUGGCUUAUAGACCACUGCCCAAACAAACUUCCCAAGUCAUGCAUAAUCAAUAUUUAGUCGUCCAGCAGACUCCAAUUCAGUUGGAAGUCACUCAUUUGUGCUGCUCAUACAGCCAUUAAUAUGAUUAAGAAACUGCCUGAACAAUAUUCCACUUGAAAAAAAUACUUACUCCUUUGAUGUAACUUGAACUCCUUUGAUGUGACUUGAAUGUAACUGUCUGAUGUUUCUCUCUCCUUGCAUCUGUCUUUCUCUGUUCUGUACGUGUUGAGAAGAUGCUUACUCUCGUGCAGUAUUUUUUCUUUCUCGUCUGUAGCCGGUCCUGUUUCUGUCCUCUGGUGGUUGGUAUUUUGAAAAAAAAAAAACAUGUUAAUUUGGUGCAUUCUUUUGUACUGCGAAAUCUUCUCACCCUUCUUCCUCCUUCUCGAUCUCCGAUCUCCCUAUUUGUUGACAAAAUGUAUGCAUGCUUAUUGUGUGCGAUGUAGGCAAGGUUGUUGAUAAAAUCGUUUUGUGUGUUCUCUGUGUUUCAAAGCUCCACCUGUUAGCCUCACUGCAUGCCAUUUUAGACAGAUAUUUCAGUCUGUAACUUUCCUGCAAAAAUGGAAUCACACACACUCUGAGAAUAAAGUGAUUUCAUAUAA